CCGCCCCGGGGGCGCGCGGCGGCGGCACGCGGGCCCGGUGCCGCCCCGCCGCAUCUGCCGGCGCCGGGGGAUGCUGCCGGCGGGGCUCGGCCAGGGCGGCGGUGCGGGGCCAUGAUCCGCCCGGAGGCCGAGCCUUGCUCCCGGGCGCUGGCGCAGGCCCGCGUCUACCUGGGGCAGCUGCGGAGCCGCGUCUCGCCGGCGGGGCCCGAGGGCGGCGGGCGGCGGGACUACCUGGUGGAGGCGGCGCGGCAGCUGCGGCUGGCGCUGGAGCGGGACGUCAGCGAGGACUACGAGGAGGCCUUCAACCACUACCAGAACGGCGUGGACGUGCUGCUCCGCGGCGUGCAGGUUGACCCCAACAAGGAGCGUCGGGAGGCUGUGAAGCGGAAGAUCACACAGUACCUCAGGCGUGCAGAGGAGAUCUUCAACUGCCACCUCCAGCGGGCUGCGGGGGGUGGCAACCCCACCGCCACGGGUUACAGCAGCCUGCGCUUCCGGCCGAUCAGGACGCUGAGCUCGGCGGUGGAGAACCUGAGACGGUGUAAGGUUGUGGGAGUGAUCGAUAAGGUGCAGAUCGUCCAGGAUCCGGCCACUGGUGGGACCUUUAUACUUAAGAGCCUCCCCAAAUCCCAUGUUGAGACCCGUGAGCGACAGACCAUCAUCCCUCAUGGGGUCCCCUUCAUGGUCAAGCUGCUGUGCUACUACGUGAGCGAGGACUCCAUCUUCCUCCACCUGGAGCACGUGCAGGGGGAGACACUGUGGUCUCACCUCCGCUCCAAGUACCGUGUCCAGCAGGGCUCUGCCGAUGCAAACACCGUUCAAGCCCUGAGGAACCGUGGCAGAGAGGACGGUGUGGGAAGCUCCCAGGGCAGCGGCCAAGUCUCCGUCUUCUCUGCUCGAAUGGGCAGUGACCUCCCAUGCUCUACGACCCACCGAGUAUUGGGAAACACGGAUGCCUUGCCCCCUCGGGAGCAGUCCCCUGACCCCAUGGACUUCGACUCAGGGAACCACUGCCGGCUUCACCCCGCUCCUGCUGGUGGCACAAGGGCUACACCUGGAGGGCAGGACCUAAGCGUCACCCAGGCUACGUCUGGCAUCAUGGACCAUGUUCCAGCAGCAUCAGCCAAAGGCCCCAGCCACCUUACCAACCAGGCCCUGGUCAUCUAUCCCUGGGACGCUCUAAGGAGCAGCACGGGCUGCGUAUCGGAGAGACCAGCCUCCCAACAAGACCCCGGGCCAUGUGCCGGUGGAAGGCUUCCCCAGACACCCGGCCCCGUACCAAAGACUGCGAGAGGGGACCAGCCAGGGGCAGGGGAGCUGCCGUCUCAGCAAGUGUCUGAGGUCCCCUGGGCUCGGCCUCUCCUGACCUCCUCGGGUCAGCGGCAGCUUCAUGCAGGAGUUGCCCCCUCCAGCUCUGUCAAGCCCCAUGGGCCCGACCCAGCGGCGCGGGAGCCCUCGCGGGGAGCAAACCUGACCCGUGGCCAGCUCAGAGAGCAGCCGCUGUCAGGACAGUGCCAGGCUCUGGCUUCCCAUGGGCACGGCCGGAGAGCGUGGGCUGUGAAGGAGGAGCAGGUGCAGCUGUGGGCAGCGGAAAUCCUCCUGGCCUUAGAGGGACUUCACCAACAGGGUGUAUUGUGCCGGGACCUCAACCCCAGGAACGUGCUGCUUGAUGCAGCCGGUCACGUCCGUCUCACCUUCUUUGGCCAGUGGACAGAGGUGGAGCCCCAGUGCUGCAGCCAGGCACGGGAAGAAUUGUACAGUGCCCCAGAAGUGGGGGGGAUCACGGAGCCCACCGAAGCAGCUGACUGCUGGAGCUUUGGCGCUCUCUUGUACGAGUUGCUGACAGGAGUGCCAUUGUCCCAAAACCACCCUUCAGGGAUUCAGCCUCACACCCAGUUGCAUCUGCCGGAGGGGCUCAGCCUGGCCGCUACGUCGCUGCUCACUGAGCUCCUACAGUACAACCCAAAGCGGCGCUUGGGCUCUGGAGGAGGUGGCUUGGCAAAGCUGAAGUCCCACACCUUCUUCAGCACCAUCCCGUGGAACAAGCUGGUGGGCUAGGCAGGCUGUCCUUCCCCCAGGGAGCUGGGCACAGAGCCGCUCUCCCAGGCACUUGUCACCGCUGGUGGCACUGGCAGGUCUGCCUGCUGGGGGGGGGGGGUGCGUGCAAGGGCUGCCCCAGGGUGGGGUACGCAUGGUGUUUUGCAGCCUUACAUGUUCUUCCGUCUCUGCUUGUGUUUGUUGGCGUGUCUGAGAGAGGAGGCUGCGGUCUGGGCCGGGCUGUCUUCUCCUCUAGGUCCUUCCUGGUGGGAAAGGGAUCCCAGGUGCCCACCCCUGGUGAGAGGCCAUGCUCCCCUUCUGGGACAUACCUUGCUCAGCUUAGCCCCAUGCCCUGCGACUCCCUCCCUAUGAUUUUUAUCUCUGCUGCUACCACAGUGACCUCCCCCCUGCCCUGUUAUUUUUUUGUGGCUUUCAAGUGCAUCUCCUCCAGGCCCCACUGGCUGGUGCCCGAGCCCGGCCCCUGUGCCCAUCCCUGGCUGCAUGUGUGUAUGUGGGUAAUGCCUGCUGCAGGGGUGAGAGGGGAAGGAGCCUUCUGCUCUUCUCCGCCCUCCCCCCGGGCUGCUGAAAAGAAUAAACCUCUCAUUAUCGCUUGCAGAAGUAGCAUCCUUU